UAAUAAAAAAAUAUAUAAUUCACAUAGUUAUACUCAAACCUCUAUAAAACUACGUCAAUUCCACGGGAGAGAUCGUAGGAUGCCAUGCAAGAUAGGGAGAUUGAGUCGAGCAGUAUAAACUCAUGGGAUGGAUACCGAGAUUGGAGAAGCAGGCCGGCCCUCCCCGGCCGCCACGGCGGCAUGCUUGCCGCCUCUUUUGUUUUGGUUGUGGAAGUGUUGGAGAACUUGGCGUUUCUAGCGAGCGCGAGCAAUCUGGUGCUGUAUCUGACGAAGGAGAUGGAGUUUUCGCCGUCGGGAGCGGCGAACUCGGUCACCGUUUUCAUGGGAACGGCUUUCUUCCUCGCUCUCCUCGGCGGCUUCCUCGCCGACGCCUUCUUCACCACCUUCCAUAUUUACCUCUUCAGUGCCACUAUCGAGUUCCUGGGUUUGGUGGUCCUAACGGGUCAGGCCUGCGCGCACUCGGCUAGGCCAUGGGCGAGAGGAGUGCUAUUCGGGGGCCUAUACCUCGUGGCCCUAGGGGUCGGAGGUAUAAAAGGCUCGUUACCGCCACAUGGAGCGGAGCAGUUCGACGAGAGCACGCCGAGGGGGCGGAAACAGAGAUCGUACUUCUUCAACUACUUCGUCUUCAGCCUCUCGUGCGGUGCGCUGGUCGCCGUCACGUUCGUGGUCUGGCUCGAAGACAACGUCGGCUGGCAGUGGGGGUUCGGCGUCUCCACUCUCUCCAUUCUCCUCUCUGUUCCUGUUUUCCUGUCUGGUUCCACUUUCUAUCGCCUCAAAGUCCCUUCUGGAAGCCCCAUCACCACUCUCUUCAAGGUCUUAACCGCAGCGCUGUACGCCAAAUAUUGCGGAUCCAAGAACUCAAGGAACGCCGUCAUGGCCAUGGAGACAGGUUCUUCAUCUCGUGAAACCGACGAUUCGGAAGAAACCAAACCAAUCUCCGACCUCGGAUUCGUCGAAGAAGCCCUGACAGAUCAGAGAUCACUUCCACGAGCAUUGCAAUGCACAACGCAGCAAGUCCAAGAUGUCAGAAUAGUCCUCAAGAUCUUACCGAUCUUCAUGUCCACCAUCAUGCUCAACUGCUGUCUGGCUCAGCUCUCCACGUUCUCAGUCCAGCAAGCUUCCACCAUGAACACCAAGCUCGGAAAACUCACCGUCCCUCCUGCCGCUCUGCCCGUCUUUCCCGUCGUUUUCACCAUGAUUCUCGCCCCAGUUUACAACCACCUUCUCAUCCCUCUCGCCAGAAAAGCCACGAGAACCGAGAUGGGCAUCACCCAUUUGCAGCGCAUAGGAACGGGCCUCGUCCUGUCCGUUGUGGCCAUGUCGGUCGCAGCCCUAGUCGAGACCAAACGCAAACGUAUCGCUGUUUCUUGCGGUCCGAGCAACAGUCCCCUCCCCAUCACGUUUCUAUGGUUAGCUUUCCAGUACGUUUUCCUCGGAUCCGCAGACCUCUUCACCUUAGCCGGAAUGAUGGAGUUCUUCUUCACGGAGGCACCAUCCAGGAUGCGAUCUCUGGCCACAUCUCUCUCAUGGACGUCGUUGGCUAUGGGCUAUUACUUGAGCUCCCUGCUCGUUUCGGCUGUGAAUUUCAUCACUGGCUCAUUCGGACACAGUCCAUGGUUGUCUGGUGAUCACCUGAAUCAGUACCACCUCGAGAGAUUCUACUGGCUUAUGUGCGUUCUUACCGGUCUUAACUUCGUGAACUACCUCUUCUGGGCCUGUCGGUACACGUAUCGGGCGAGCCAGAACUGAUCGCUUGAUCGGUGGUUAGAGUCUGGUUAUGUUGUUUCAGAGUAAAAUUCGUUAUCGGUUUAGGUCUCUCCUGGGGAUGUAUAUCUUGGGGAAGAAGUCACUGCCAUUCUAGGGUUUUCUUGUUGGGGAAGACCCAAUUC